AAAAACAGGGGACAGCCAUAUAUAAAUGAAAAUCAAAUGUGUUUUCGUUUCAUAAAAAUAUCAAAAAAUUAUAUUUCACAUGAAAAUUUUAUAAUACUUGAAACACCGCCACUAUUGACACAUUUUGCAGAAGCUGCUAGACCAAGAAUCAAUCAUACAAUCAAUGUGCUCUCCUAGAAAACAAUACUUCAAACAUCUUUCACCUAGUAGGCAAUAAGAGACACCCCGACCGCCAGGAAGAGUUGGCAUGGUGAUGAAUGACAGAUAUGUGAUCUAUGUGUGGUUUUUGCUUUUGUGGUGUGGUGGGCAGGUGAUAGCAACAAGGAAUACUCGUGAGCGUAGUAACAGGCUUGAAAACCUUUGCUGGCGCAUUUGGCAUCUCGCCCGGAAGAAGAAACAGGUCUACUUCCCAUUCUUACCUCCCUGUCUUACACUGUAUCAUAUUCCCAUGAGAUGACUGCGCUCCCACUAUCCAUACAUAGGGAAACUGAGAGUUCUACAUAGACAUGAUUGAUGCAACCCAAUGUUCAAGCGAGUAGGUUUGUUAUCUAAGUAACUAACCUGUAUGAAUGGGUUUAAGAGAUACCUAAUGUCUACUGUAUGAUGAUGUAUCAUUGAAGUAACGGUAAGACAAGGAUUUACAGUUUACCAUUCGUCACGAGAGAGAGAGAGAGGCCCUUACCUAGCUAUGAAUUACGGACUCAAGAGGAAAUGUGAAUAAUAUGCAGAUAGCAUGGGAUGAUGCACAAAGACUUGCAAAGAGACGAGCAGAGCGUGAGCAAGGGCGUAAUGAUGCAGCAGAUGAUCUUUCCGAGCUUUCUGAAGGAGAGAAGGAACCUGGAGAUGCUACCCCUUCUGAAUCUGCAAAACAUAUUAGCAGAAUUAACUCUGACAUGCAGAUGUGGUCCGAUGAAGAAAAGCCUAGGCGCCUCUACAUCGUGCUAAUCAGGUACCCAGCCUCUCUCAUUUACAUCUCAGGGGCCGACUAUACCAGAUUUAAGACAGUAUGUACGUAGAUAGAAGGCAGAAGCUAAUGCAACAGUUACUAAAAGGCAACCGGCCGACCAACCAAUUUCAGAAAAAUAAGCAGAGUAUAUGGCUAAUGCCACAUGCAAUCACUCUGUGUACUGUGCUUGUAGCAUGCAUGGUUUGGUACGUGGAGACAACAUGGAACUCGGAAGAGAUUCAGAUACUGGCGGCCAGGUAGGGCUAAAAUUCAUAGCGAGCUAGUUGCCCUUGUGUGUUUCACACUUGAACUGAUGAAGCAAUAGAUGCUGCUGAUAGAUGAAGCUGUCAAUUGCCACAUAUCCAUGACUGACUUCACAUUUUUUUGGGUGCAAUUACAGGUAAAAUAUGUAGUUGAACUUGCUCGAGCUCUAGCCAAUACAAAAGGAGUCUACCGUGUCGAUCUCUUAACCAGACAGAUCACUUCACCUGAGGUAGAUUCCAACUAUGGUGAACCAAUUGAGAUGCUAUCAUAUCCGCAAGAUGGCAGUGGUAGUUGCGGAGCCUACGUAAUCCGUAUUCCUUGUGGUCCUCCUGACAAAUACAUACCAAAAGAGUCACUAUGGCCUUAUGUACCUGAGUUUGUUGACGGUGCACUGAACCAUAUAGUUAACAUGGCAAGAGCCUUGGGCGAACAAGUCAAUGGGGGGAAGCCAACUUGGCCCUAUGUCAUUCAUGGUCACUAUGCUGAUGCGGGAGAAGUCGCUGCUCAGCUAUCUGGAGCUCUAGAUGUACCAAUGGUGCUAACUGGGCACUCUCUGGGAAGAAAUAAGUUUGAGCAACUGCUGAAGCAAGGGAGGCUUUCUAGGGAAGACAUAAACUCAACGUACAAGAUUUUAAGGAGAAUUGAGGCUGAAGAAUUGGGGUUGGAUGCAGCUCAGAUGGUGGUAACAAGCACAAGGCAAGAGAUUGAAGAGCAAUGGGGUCUAUAUGAUGGCUUCGAUGUCAAAUUGGAGAGGAAACUUAGAGUUAGAAGACGACGUGGAGUCAGUUGCAUGGGAAGAUACAUGCCAAGAACAGUGGUUAUUCCCCCAGGAAUGGAUUUCAGCUAUGUUACUGCUCAAGAUUCACCAGAAGAUGAUCUGAAAACAUUGAUUGGGUCUGACAGAACUCCUAAGAAGGUGCAACUUCCUCCAAUCUGGUCGGAGAUAAUGAGAUUUUUCACAAACCCUCACAAGCCAGCUAUAUUGGCACUAUCCCGUCCCGACCCAAAGAAGAACGUGACCACCUUGCUCAAAGCCUUCGGGGAAUGCCAACCUCUGAGAGAAUUAGCAAACAUGAUACUAAUACUUGGCAAUAGAGAUGACAUCGAGGAAAUGUCCACUAGCCCCUCAGACGUCCUUACAAAUGUACUCAAGCUCAUUGACAAGUAUGACUUAUAUGGUCAAGUAGCCUAUCCCAAGCAUCACAAACAAUCUGAAGUUCCUGAUAUCUAUCGCCUGGCUGCAAAGACAAAGGGAGUUUUCAUCAAUCCAGCUCUUGUGGAACCAUUUGGCCUCACACUCAUCGAGGCAGCUGCAUAUGGGUUACCAAGUGUCGCUACAAAAAAUGGAGGACCAGUGGAUAUUUUGAAGGCUCUUAACAAUGGCCUCCUAGUUGAUCCUCAUGAUCAGAAAGCCAUCACAGAUGCACUGCUAAAGCUACUUGCUGACAAAAACCUCUGGAAUGAAUGCCGAAAAAACGGUCUAAAAAACAUCCAUCAUUUUGCAUGGCCAGAACAUUGCCGUAACUACCUUAGCCAGGUAGAUCACUGCAGGAAUCGCCACCCAAUGACCCAUCUUGGGAUACCAUCUAUCCAUGAAGAACCAAUGAGCGAAUCUCUAAAAGAAGUCGAAGACCUAUCUUUGAGAUUCUCGAUAGAGGGAGAUUUUAAGCCUGGCUGUGAGCUAGAUGCAGCAACUAGGCAGAAGAAGCUCAUAGAAGCAAUCACCCUUAUGUCUUCACCAAGUGGCAGUCCAAGCAUUAACUACAGUCCUGGUAGAAGACAGAUGUUGUUUGUGAUAGCCGCUGACUGCUAUAAUUCUAACGGAGAAAGCACAGGCCAUAUUCAAGACAUCAUCAAGAAUGUGCUACAUGCUGCAGGCCUGAGUCUAGGCUUGGGCAAGGCUGGGUUUGUAUUGCUGACUGGCUCAAGUUUAUCAGAGACAAUGGAAGCGUUAAGAUUAGGUCCAGUAAACGCAGAAGACUUCGAUGCUAUAAUAUGCAACAGUGGAAGUGAAAUGUACUACCCAUGGAAGGAUAUGGUGGCUGAUAUGGACUAUGAAGCACAUGUUGAAUACAGGUGGCCUGGUGAGAAUAUUAGGUCAAUGGUUCUUAAACUAGCUAGGGUUGAUGAUGAAUCUAAUGAUGACAUCGUGGAGUUUGGAAAAGCAAGUGGUUCCAAAUGCUACUCUUACAGCAUAAAACCAGGAAUUAAGAUUAGAAAGGUUGACACCCUUCGGCAAAAGCUCCGAAUGAGAGGCUUCCGAUGCAACCUUGUCUAUACACGCGCAGCUUCAAGGUUAAAUGUAGUCCCACUAUUUGCAUCAAGAAUGCAAGCUAUGAGGUAUCUUUCAGUCAGGUGGGGAAUUGAUAUCUCUAAACUAGUGGUCAUUGUGGGGGAACAAGGAGAUACAGAUUAUGAACAACUACUAGGUGGCCUUCACAAGACCCUUAUAAUAAGAGGUGUAGUAGAGCAUGGCAGCGAGCAGCUACUUCGCGAAGAAGACAAUCUCAAAAGAGAAGACUUAGUGCCUUUUGAAAGCCCCAAUAUCCACUUCCUAGAAGAGAGUUACGAAGCUCAACAUAUAUUGGCUGCACUAGAUGGGCUUGGAGUAAAAUAAUUUUACAUAUACUUCAAAGGCGAUACCAAGAACAAGUAAAUGUCAUGUGUCAUUGCAUAAUAGAAACCAAAUUUCUCAGAAAUCACAUGGAUACACACUGGCUAUUUGAUUUGAUUUCAAUGUUUAAAUAACAAGUGGAAUCACGUACAAAAAUUUCAUCUUCAUAUCAAAAUGGAUGCCAUAUUCUUCGUAAGGUCAUAUAGGUGACAUGUAGAAUACCUAAUGUGAUUGAGUAGGUUGUGGCUCUGUACGCACGCUAUGAGAAGUAAUGUUUUGGUAUUAAGCAGAAAUGAUGACCAAGAUAUAGUAUUAUCACUAAUUUCAAGAAAUUAAAGUCCGGGAUUAUUCCCACUUACCAUUGUUUUCUUUGUUCGCCUAUGUCAUGCACAAAGGCCCAUUGCUACCCUGUACUCUGAACCACAGAUACAAUUGACUGUGUGAGUAACAUCCUGCAAGUUUCUUAAUCUGCUGUUCCAGUGACUGCAAAUACUCCAACUCCCCAGCUUUAUCAGACAAAAAGGACUCGUAUUCCUCACCAAGGCUUUUCGCAUCCAUUUUCAAUAGCUCAAGCUACAGUUCCUCAGAAUAUAAGGAUAGGCUACCAGAGAAGCAUAAUUGCAUAAAAGAUGCUACCAAAGUAUAAAAAAAAAGAAGCAUAAAUGGCAUGAUGCUAAUUGACUACACCCAAUGCAGAUAAUGAACUAAUCUUAUGUUGUUCAGUCCAUGUCCCGAUCUCGGCACAAGAAAAGAGAACUGCAUUGGACAGUUUGAUAAACUGGUAUUACCUCAGUAGUAAAAGUUAGUGAUUGGCAGAUGAAAGACACCCGGGAAAUAUUGCAACUGACUAGGCUGAUUAUAGAUUGUACCCCAGUUAAUUAGUGUGCCCACAUUAAAAUAUACUAGCUAUUUGGCCCGCGCUUCGCAGCGAUAUGAUUAUAUGAGUCCUAGGUUAUUAGCCCACUCUUCAGAGUGGAGCCUAAAUAGUUUUUACCAAACAGUCAAUCAAUUGUACGUUAUGAAACUCUUUUUGCCUAAAAUGUUUAUGAUUUGUGUUUCAUGGCAUUAAUAUGCUGACCUAACUUUAUGAUUUCAUCAUUGUGAGAGUGUUCAAGGAGAGGAAAUCAAGUCUACCACUCAUUCUUAUUCUCUUUCAAAAUUGCAACUCACCUCUCUAAACUAAAUUUUCUUGUUCACAUGUAGGGCUGCAAA